UGUGUGUGUGUGUGUGUGUGUGUGUUUGUGUGUGUGGGUCUGUGUGUGCAUGGGGGCACGUGUGUGUAUGUGUUUUCUCCUGGCCAUAUAUAGGAUGAUGUGCACCAGGCUCUGCAUUGGUAGCAGCACUUGAGCUCUUCCCCUAUGCUGUUUGUAUCUCUAUCACCACUCUCCCUCUCUCUAGUUCUCCUCUCUCUCUCUCUCUCUCUCUCUCUCCCUCUCUCUCUCUCUCCGGCCCCCAUUCAAGAUUACCUGCAGGAAUACAAGGGAAGCUCUGGUCCUGCUCUGCUCCUUUCUACCGGACCUUCUUGCUGGGAGACUUUGAGUGUUUUUUUUUUUUUUAAAAAGCUGUGUGCUUUGAGAACCCGGUGAAGCUGAGACAACAUGAGUGAUCUUCUGGAAGAUGGGUCCUUCAUGUUCACGUCGGAGUCCGUAGGGGAAGGACAUCCAGAUAAAAUCUGUGACCAAAUCAGUGACGCUGUCCUGGACGCCCAUCUGAUGCAGGACCCUGAUGCAAAAGUAGCCUGUGAGACGGUGUGUAAGACCGGCAUGGUGUUGCUGUGUGGAGAGAUCACUUCCCGGGCCCAUGUGGACUACCAGAAGGUUGUCAGGGAGACCAUCCGGCACAUCGGCUACGACAACUCCGACAAGGGUUUCGACUACAAGACGUGCAAUGUGCUGGUGGCUCUGGAGCAGCAGAGCCCCGACAUCGCCCAGGGCGUCCACAUCGACAGACAGGAGGAGGACAUCGGCGCCGGAGACCAGGGCCUGAUGUUCGGCUACGCCACCGACGAGACGGAGGAGUGCAUGCCGCUCACCAUCGUCCUGGCCCACAAGCUCAACUCCAAGAUGGCUGAGCUCAGACGCGACGGCACCCUUCCCUGGCUGCGUCCCGACUCUAAAACACAGGUGACAGUGCACUACGAACAGCAGGGCGGCGCGGUCAUCCCCAUAAGGGUCCACACCGUGGUCAUCUCCGUCCAGCACGAUGACUACAUCUCCCUGGAGGAGCAGAAAGCCAUGCUCAAAGAGAAGGUGAUCAAAGCAGUGGUCCCUGCUAAGUAUCUGGAUGAGCAGACCAUCUACCACCUGCAGCCAAGCGGUCGCUUCGUGAUCGGAGGGCCUCAGGGCGAUGCCGGGGUGACGGGCAGGAAGAUCAUCGUGGACACGUACGGCGGGUGGGGCGCGCACGGCGGUGGAGCCUUCUCAGGGAAGGACUUCUCCAAGGUGGACCGCUCGGCGGCCUACGCCGCCCGCUGGGUGGCCAAGUCCCUGGUGAAGGCCAAGCUGUGCCGGAGAGUGCUGGUCCAGGUGUCCUAUGCCAUUGGCGUGGCCCACCCCCUCUCCAUCUCCCUGUUCACAUACGGCUCUUCCGAGAAGUCAGAGGGAGAACUGCUGCGCAUCGUCAACAAGAACUUUGACUUGCGGCCAGGUGUCAUUGUCAGGGAGCUUAACCUGAAGAGGCCCAUCUACCAGCAGACAGCCUCCUACGGCCACUUUGGCCGCCCAGAGUUCACAUGGGAGAUGCCGAAGGAGCUGAUCCAAUAAACAUCCCCAACACCUGCCUGGAACACAACCACAACCACACCUUCUUACGGACUACAGCCACAAAGGACUAAUCAUUUAGUCUUAGUGCCCCCCCACUUCCUACAAUCGAUAUGGUGUAUCUUCACGAGAAUACAUGCGGCCAAUGUUAGGGAUAUAGUUUUAGGUUUUAGAUUUUCGAGCUGAGGUUCGCUCCACCAAAACAAGACCACUUUAGCAAGAGAAAGGAGUGGGGGAGAUGUGUAUCUGAGGAGGAGGAUGAAGGCUAUCCAUUCAAAAGCGAGGUCUAAAUAUUGAGAGACAGCACCACAUAAGUUACACAGAGGAGUACACAAAA